AUGCGGGCAGCACCGAAUUCGUCGCAGCACCGACACGAGUUGGUGGAGCGUUUACUCGGCCUGUCCACCGCCUCUUUUGGCGACCAGUUGCAGCUUGUUGGCCGCCUGUGCGACACCCCGCUGCCAACGCUGGAGGAGGCCCUGCUGCAGGUGUCCCACGUCUGCAUCACCCACAGUGAGCCGGAGGUGCAGAACCUGCUGCGCAACUUCAUGCUGUCGCUGGCUGCCAAGUCGUUUAUCGCCGCUCUGCGAUUGUCGUGGGCGGUGGACUCGGUGUGGGGCAUCUUCUCCGCGCUGGGCCUCGGGGACCGCGUGAAGGAGGUCCAGGACAAGAUUGAGAGCGUCGCGAUUAACCAUAGAGGAGGGGCCGCCAGAGGAGGCGGGAACCACGCGGACGUGACGGAGGCGGAGGUUGGGCGGAAGGAGAUGCGGCUCAAGCUGUACAACGACGAGAGGCAGUUUCUCAGCAUUAUCACCGGCUGGAGCGCACAGCUGUGCCAGUACCCGGACAGGCGCAGGCGCCAAACUGAGUUGCGAAGGAAACUGCACGAACUCAACAAGACACUGGGCACCCAGGCACUUAUCUACCCCUUUGGUGGCGUCGACGAUCCCGUCAAGUGGAUCGUAAACGUCGCGGUGGAUGAGUCUGUUGUUUUCUCUUCGCGUGAGCGGGCCCCGUUUUUGCUUCGCUGCGAAGUCGUCUUUGAUGACACCACGACGAUGCGUGACCCAAUGGCGUCCAAGUUGCGCCUGCCCAAUGGCUCCUUUAGAAUAACGCGGGACUUCGAUGAGGUGUUCGCCCCGUCGCCCACGCGGCGAGGCCGGGGCGAGGAGAAGGCGGGGAUGAGUGAUGGGGCUGCGCAGGGCAGAGGAGAGCGCGGCGCCUUUGCGUGCGCGUUUGGGGAAACACCGGAGGAACGCGUCGCACGCCUGCGCAAAACAGCUCUCUUUGGGAAGCACCCCAACUGGGACAUAGCCUCCAUUUUUGUCAAAGCCGGAGAUGAUCUGCGACAGGAGGAAUUGGCUUUGCAGCUGAUCAGUGUCUUUAACCAGAUUUGGGAGGAAGCCGGACUCACCUGCUCAGUUCGCCCGCAUCGAGCCCUUUCUGUUUCCACGGAUUCGGGGGUGAUAGAGUGCAUAGAUGGUGCCUGCUCAAUCGACGGGAUCAAAAAAGCAUGCUCGGUUACAAGCCUGGCACAGUUCUUUAAUGAGGCCUUUGGACCAGUGGGUUCCGAGAGGCAUUCCAGAGCAGCGGCGAAUUUUGUGGAAACCAUGGCAGGGUACAGCAUUGUUACCUACAUGCUGCAGAUCAAGGAUAGACACAAUGGCAACCUGAUGCUUACAAGCGAGGGACAUCUGGUUCACAUUGACUUUGGGUUUAUGCUCGUGACGUCGCCUGGUGGGAUCAAUUUCGAAUCCGCCCCCUUUAAGCUUUCACAGGACCUCAUGGAGGUGCUGGGCGGCGUGGAAAGUGAUAUGUUUAGCUACUUUAAGGUGUUGCUGUAUCAAGGCAUGGUGGCGGUGCGGGAGCGUGUGGAGGACAUUUUGGGCCUCGUCUCGCUCAUGACCCCCUAUAACACCAUGCCGUGCUUUGGGAGCGAUCCCGUUAGCGCAGUUCAGCAGCUGCGCUCCCGUUUUCGCUUUGACUUGGAGACCGAGACGGAUUUUGCCCUCUACGUGAAGGAGCUCGUUGCGGAAAGCGUCGAUAACUGGCGCACGCGGCGGUACGAUCAGUUUCAAACCCUUCAGAACGGCAUACUCUGA